ACAGGCAGCAGUGAACCUACAGAGGCUUUGUGUGCUGCAGGGAGGUAAAGUCAGCUAUGGAUACAUAGUUUUCCACAUUUUCUUAAGCAUGUGUCUUACAGUCCUUCUUUGGUGUGCAGAGCUGACACCUCUUCCUCUUACUUGCCCCAGCUAGGACGGUAAGCAGAGCUGCGCCUGUUUGUCCGCAGGUGAGCGGCUAUAGACGAAGACAACGACCUACGAGGAGCGAGCGCUUGGAAAAGACGUCCAGUAUGACUCCAACAUAACUUUUAAGCUAACAUGAUCUAAGACGAUAUAAAAUACACCAUGAUUAAUUUAGGAAUAUGCUGCGUCAGCCUCAAGGACAACAAGGCCCUGAUGAAGAUGGGUCUGGGGCUGGUGCUGGUGGGCCAUGUCAACUUUCUGCUUGGAGCACUUGUGCACGGCGCCGUGCUCAGACACAUCAACGUGCACGCUCAGGCCAGGACAAUGGAGUACGCCAUCUCUAAUGUGAUCGCCAUUGUGGCUGGUUUAGUGGGAAUCAUUAGUGGAAUAACGGCCAUUGUCCUCUCCAAAAACAAGAAAAACAGGAUCCUGCAGUGGGUCCUGUUGGUCUUCAGCUUCAUUGCAGGUCUCCUGGCAGUUGCCUCCAUCCUGGGCUUGUCAGUUUCCAUGGUGAAAGCAAUUAUUCACAAAGGUUUGAGCCUGCUGACACACUGUAAAUCUUACGAAAAAGGAGUCGGCUCCGCCAGCAUCACAUAUGAAUGCCCCUUCGAUCCCACUCGUAUUUAUGGGACGACUAUCAUUCUGUGGGUGCCUCUCAUCUUUAUGUGUGUGGUGGAAAUGGUGUUCUCCUUCCGUUGCUUUGCUGCCUGUACUUCAUUUCUCUACCUCUGUCCAUGCAGAAAGAGGCCGGUCCGGGCCAGGAGGAUAAAGACACAUGAAAGCCUGCUUGGAGUCUGCAACAAACUCCAAAUGACAAGCCAGUUUGGCUGCGCGACCAGCUUUAGAAAGAGUCCUGUUAGUGCCAAACUUCCAUUCUGAAAAUAAUGGAGGCCACUGUACUCUUGGGAACCUUCAACAACAGAAUGUUUUUGUAGCAUUCUCCAGAUGUGUGCCUUGCAACAAUCCUGUCUCUGAGCUCUGCAGGCAGUUCCUUUCACCUCAUGGUUUGAGAGAAAUGGGAGGCAACUGAGCUAAAUUUAAAAUGUUGCAAAGGGUUUGAGUUCUUGUGUCUAUAUGAAAUUUAAGUUUUUUAUUUUAAUUUUUUUUAACUACUGAAAUUUCUAAAAUUCUGUUUUUACUUGGUGGUGAUGGGGUCCUGAGCAUUGAUUAAUGAGAAUAAAUGUUUGUUUUUUUAUUAUUUUGCUGUAACAUCAGGUGGCAAUUAAACAAAAUGGAAAAUAUGAUGGAGGUUAAAAUGCUUUCAAAAUGCAAUGUAUCAGAACAUUACUUUUUGGCUUUCCUUGAAUUUUUGAAAAAAUGUCAAAAUUUUUCCAUUUAAGUUUAAACCAUUUGCUUGAAAUGUUGGGAGAAUUUGCUGUUUGGAUAUUUUGAGAAAUUUGCUUGGAAAUUUUCAGGUGUUUUCAUGUAGAUCUGGGGGAUAUGUGUAUAUUUUAGAGUUUGGAAGUUUUGUGAGAAAUGUGCUUCCAUUUUGGGGGAAAUUUUCAUGGGAAUUUGUUUGGAUGUUUGGGGAAAUUUGGGGCAUUUUCAUGGACAUUUCAGGGAAAUAAUUUAGAUGUUUCCACCCUUUUCAAUAAAUGUUGGGUAAUUGUAAUUUUAGGGGGAAUCUGCUACUGUACUUUUAGAGGAAUUUACUUUGAAAUUCUGGGAUUCUUGUCGAAAUCUUUGUUUGGAAUGUUAAGGCUUUAUGACAAAAUUUUACUGAAACAUUUGGGAAAUAUUUUUCAAAAAAUUUUAGGUU